UCAAUCGUGUCCGAUAUUCGUUUUCAUAGCAUUUAUUCGUUUUCGUAGCAGUUUAUCAUUUUAAUAACCGAAAAUGGAUUAUCUCUCGCGGAUCUAAUAUUCUAGGUUGUCGAGUGAGAGUUAACUCCGACAAAUCAACGAUCUCGUUUCCGUUCACUAUAAAAGUAUAAGUUCAGUAAGUUAUAAACAUCUUCCUCUUAUCUGGAAAAGACAUGUCGUUAGAUCAGUGGAAUCUUCGCGAACUUGCCCUGUAUCCUAAUUGACAAUCACGAUAAGAUUUCUGGACGCUUAUAAAGGUGAUGGCAAGAGACAAAACUACUCAGUAGUUGGUUACAGAAAUAAGAGAGGUGAACAUCGUGCUCAAGACCACCAAGUCAAACCGAACGCUAUGGGAGGAUUCUAUCUACUAUUACUCGUUGCCGUUUCGGCGACUCUCAUCGAAGCGAGAACCAUUCCAACAGUAUGUACAGUGUCAAACGGUGAACUCCGCUGUUAUUCAACACCUGAAGAACCAUCGACGGUAGCUCCUACCAGUGAGGAACCAUCGACAGUAGCUUCUACCAGUGAAGAACCAUCGACGGUGGCUCCUUCUAGUGAGGAACCAUCGACGGUAGCUUCUACUCCGGAGGAACCAUCAACAGUAGUUCCUUCUAGUGAGGAACCAUCGACGGUGGCUCCUUCUAGCGAGGAACCAUCGACAGUAGCUUCUACUCCUGAGGAACCAUCAACAGUAGUUCCUUCUAGUGAGGAACCAUCGACAACUCCUGAGGAACCAUCGACCGUAGUUCCUACUAGUGAAGAACCAUCAACGGUAGCUCCUAGCAGUGAAGAACCAUCGACAGCAGCUCCUACUAACGAGGAACCAUCGACAGCAGAUACUACUACGGAGGAAUCAUCGACAGCAGAUACUACUACGGAGGAAUCAUCGACAGCAAAUACUACUACGGAGGAAUCAUCGUCAGCAGAUACUACUACCGAGGAAUCAUCGACAGCAAAUACUACCACCGAGGAGUCAUCGACAGCAGAUACUACUACGGAGGAGCCAUCGACAGUAGUUCCUACUACCGAGGGAUCAACUUCAGAAGCAACAAACAGUUCACCAACUGGAAGCACAGGAAAAGGCGAAUGUCCAACACAUGGACGAGUACGAUUUCCGCAUGAAUCUGUUUGUCACUUAUUCUACGAAUGCAAUGACGGAAUUAAGUCGGUUCGUUCAUGCCUGGUGGGUUUAGUUUUUAACCCGGUAUUGGGUGUUUGUGAUUAUCCCGAUAAUGUACAUGGCUGUGAAGAGAAGCCAAUUUCUUUUCCGCGCUAUGUACAUCUGAUUUCGCAAUACUUAUUAAUUAGGCCGAGACAACGUGCUGCUAUUCAAUUUCCGAUGAGCAUCCCGCUAAAUAUGAUGGGAUUCCUGUUCGCGGUCGCCGCCGCGAUCGCGAUAGCGACCGGUGUUGCAGCCAGCGCGGACCUUUCGAUCGAAUGCUUUCCGGAUGGAUCCGCCGAUGACGCGCGGUAUCCGCACGAGUGCAGCUGCAAGAUGCAUUACGAAUGCACGAGCAUGGGGCCGGCGUUGAAGUAUUGCUCCGCCGGGACGUUGUUCGAUUUCAGGAGCGGCGAAUGCUUACCGAUCCACGCGGCGGACUUCGAGCACUGCGGCGACGAGAGACCGCCUUCGAAGAACUGUCCACCGGUCGGUAACGCAGUGUUGCCCCACGAGACCGAUUGCUCGUUGUACUACCAGUGCGAGAACGGCCGGAAGACCGUGCAACAGUGCAAUCAGGGACUGUACUUCGACGAAUUGAAGAGCAUGUGCGUUUGGUGGCAAAUGGCGGAGUGUUCCGCGCAGGCAACGCUGCGAGACGAGUACCAGGAAAUUGAAUGUCCGCGGAACGGAUCUAACGAGAACCCGAAUCUGCCGCACCCUUGCAACUGCAGAUUGUACUACCAUUGCGAGGAUGGGGAAGCGAUACGCCAGGUCUGUCCGGAUGGCAAGGAAUUCGAUUACAUCAGGGGCAUCUGUGACGAUCCAACGAAUUUUCAUUGCAUCAGACCUAUUCCUAUCACCACAACUACGUCAACAACUCCAAAAACGACAACUACGUCAACAACUCCGUCAACCACGACUACGUCAACAACUCCAUCAACCACGACUACGUCAACAACUCCAAAAACGACAACUACGUCGACAACUCCGUCAACCACGACUACGUCAACAACUCCAAAACCAACCCCCGGCUGUGGCUGGAAGUCAUGGAGGAAACCUUUCCCAGGCGACUGUACGCGAUAUUACGAAUGUAGAGAGGGCAGCGUAACCGUCGAGAAGUGCACGAACGGGUACUACUACAACGAGAUCCUGCAAAUUUGCGACCUGCCUAAGAACACUAACUGCAAGGACGCGCCGGAUGAAUGCCCCGCCUCCGAUUGCAUUGGUAAAGUACGUCUGCCGCAUCCAUGGGAUUGCACCAAGUAUUACGUAUGCUGGGCCGGGAUUAAGGUGGUCCAGGAAUGCCCGGAAGGUCUUUACUACGACAGGAAAACGGAGAUUUGUAACUGGCCGAAGAACGUCGAAUGCACUAUAGUGUGUAAACCAGGAGAUAGGAGGCAGCACGAAUGUGAUUGCAGCAUGUAUUAUCUUUGCAAGGAAGGGUACGAAGUGGUUCACCACUGUGACGAGGAGUGGUACAUUUUGGCGGUGAUCGCCGCGGCGAUCACGCUUUCCGAGGAGAAGGUGUGGAAGGAAUGCCCGGUGAACCCGCCCCCCGAAGCGGUACACGUCGCGCACGAAACGGACUGUCACAAGUUUUACAAAUGCGUGGGAUUGGACAAGGUUGUGUUCGACUGCCCGAAGAACUUAUGCUUCAAUCCGGAGCUGGAGGUCUGCGACUGGCCGUGGAACUACUACGAUGACACAACUUGCGACUGCAGGCCUAUGGCUAACGCGCCAGCAGGCAAAUGCCAACGGUUGCCGGAUCAGGAGAGACCCUGUUGGCAGCAGGGUGGAGUAACACCAGAUCCUAGUCUCUGCACCAAGAAACCAUAUAACAACGACUGUCAGAAGUAUUGGGACAAUUUCGGUCUUCAAUGCUGCCCCACGGACCAGUACUUUGAUGACACAACCUGCGACUGCAGGCCUGUCGCUAACGUGCCAGCAGGCAAAUGCCAACGGUUGCCAAAUGGAGAAACACCAUGCUGGCAGAAUGGUGGAACAACAACGACAACAACAACGACAACAACAACAACACCAAUUGAUCUCUGCACUGUUAAUAGACCGUAUAUCAACGACUGUCAGAAGUAUUGGGACAAUUCCGGUCUUCAAUGCUGCCCCAAGGAUCAGUACUAUGAUGACAUAGCUUGCUACUGCAGGUCUAUGGCUAACGCGCCAGCAGGGAAAUGCCAGCGGUUGCCGGAUCAGGAAAGACCCUGUUGGCAGAACCAACGAACAACGCUAUCAGUGGAUGAAGCGGAUGAAUUGGAGACUCAGGAAAUACUGGUAGAACCUAGUAUUGUAUAA